UUUUUUUUAUAAUUAUUCCUUGUAUUUUUGUCCGUUUUAAGUUUUAACAGAAAAGAAAAGAAUUGCCGACUUAUUCAGUCAGUUUGAUUUUGAAUUUUUUUUACGGUCGGUUCGGUUACGGUUAAAAUAUAAUAUUCUGUCAGUUCGGUUUUGAGUAUUAGGUCGAUCGGUUUGGUCAGUUUUGGAAAAUUCAACCGAAUGCUCACUCCCUACUCCCGAGCCAGAAGAGUUGGCAGCAGAAUGCAGAGAUAUAUUGAAGAAGUACAGCAAGGAAGUGGCGAAAUUGGGAAGCUUUGCUCGAAUUAUUAUCAGAAGCUCUUGGUUUGAAGUUUGAACCUAAAUCAUUUGAAAGGUAUAGAUUGUGCUAAAGGACUUGCUGUUCUGUGCCAUUACUAUCCAGCAUGCCCUCAGCCAGAAUUAACCUCGGGCACAAGCAAGCAUACACUGUGCUUCUACAAGAUCAGAGAACCUAUGGAUCGAUGUUCCUUAACACCAGGCGCUCUAGUGGUCAACAUUGGUGACCCUCUACAGGCAAGCCUUAUCUUGUUGUGCCUGUAGCUGUACUUGCACAUAGUUGCUGCUUUCCAGCUCAAAUCAGACGACAAGUUUUUAAGCGUUGAGCAUAGAGUAUCGGUGGCAUGCUUUUUUUUAGCAAUUCUGUAACGGCAAAACCAAGACUUAAUGGAUCAAUUAAGGAGUUAUCAGAAGAUAAUCCUCCUAUGUACAGAGAAACCGCAGUGACAUAAUACGUUCUCUACGGGUACUUCUCGUCUGCUGCAUUUCAAGCUUUGCAAGUUAGCUUCUUGAUGCUUUUCUUCAAUAUCUUUUCAUAAUUAUAACUAUUACUUUUUGUAUCCAAAAUUGACUUGGAUUCAGACAAUAAACAGUUUAAGCCUUCUGUUCUCAGAAUUUACUGCUAUGAAAAGUGUAGAAUGUUUGAGGCAGUGUUUGGCUUUAGUAGGCUGAGUGAUGUAUCAAAUGGAAUAGUUGAUUCACAGCCACCGGAUCAUCCAGUCACAAUCAUAGCCAUCUCACUUUUAUUUAAAAAUAUUAAUAUUUUCAUAGUAUCAUUUCAAUAGAAUAAUACAAUUCCAAAAAGUUGAAUUGAAUUCUUACAUGGAAUUAUUUUCACUAAAAAUAUGUUAAUCAAAGUGAGCUGGCUUUUGUUUUUAGUGUGGAAGAUUCAAGGUAAUCCACAUGUGUCUCUGUCCUAACUUUUGUUUUGUCAAAAUUUCUUGCUGUUUCUGGUCAAAAACUGCCUUCUAUUUCUAACACUCAUCAUCUAAAAAAUAAACAACUUUUUCCUCUGUUUUACCUGAAAAAAAGAUCAAAAAUGGUUACGAGCUAUGACAGACAAACUGAACUUAAAGAGUUCGACGACACAAAAUCUGGCGUAAAGGGUCUCGUAGAUGCCGGAAUUACAAAAAUCCCAAGAAUAUUCGUUCAUGAUCAAUCUAAGAUCAAUUCUGAAUCAACCUCAGACCAAAGCAGCAUACCCAUCAUAGACUUCAAAGGCAUAGACAGCAAUGAAUCUGGUGAUGAUCCAACGCCUCGUAUUACUGUGAUCAACCAAGUUCGCGAAGCCUGCGAGAAAUGGGGUUUCUUCCAGGUGAUCAACCAUGGAAUUUCAGAAGCUACUUUAGAUGAGAUAAUAAAAGGUGUUCGUAGAUUUCACGAGCAAGAUAACGAGAUCAAGAAACGAUUUUAUAGCCGUGAGCAAGGGGUGACGAAAACAAAAGUUAAGUAUAAUACGAAUUUUGAUUUUUAUCAAUCGGAAGCUGCUAAUUGGAGAGAUACUAUGUAUUGUCUUAUGGCUCCUAAUCCUCCGAGUCCUGAAGAAUUGCCUCAUGUUUGCAGUGAAAUUAUGAUCGAGUAUGCGAACAAGGUAGCAACACUGUCGAAUACCCUAUUCGAAUUGCUGUCCGAGGCAUUGGGACUUGAUCCUAGCUACCUUAAAGAUAUAGGUUGUUCAGAGGGACUACUGGUACUGGGGCAUUACUACCCUGCUUGCCCUGAACCACACCUCACAUUGGGAACCAGUAGCCAUUCUGAUAAUAGCUUUCUAACUGUCCUAUUGCAAGACCAAAGUGGUGGCCUUCAAAUCCUUUCUUCUGAUCAUCAAUGGGUUGAUGUCGUUCCAACUCCCGGAGCUCUUGUCGUAAACCUCGGAGAUUUAUUACAGUUAAUUUCUAAUGAUAAAUUUAAAAGCUCGGAGCAUAGAGUGGUAGCCAAAAGUGUAGGUCCGAGAAUAUCAGUGGCAUGCUUUAACAUACAGCUUGGUGAUUCAAAGAAUGCAUGGAGAACUUACGGGCCAAUCAUGGAGUUGGUAUCGGAAGAAAAUCCACCAGUUUAUCGAGAAACCACCGUCAAAGAUUAUUUGUCGUAUUACUAUUCCAAAGGGCUUAAUGGUGUUUCGGCAUUACAGCAUUUCAAGCUGUGAAUUUGCUUAUAUAGAGACCUUGUUUAUAUGAAGGUUUCUCGUUCAGGUUUUCAACAACUAUGAUUUGGAAAAAAUACUUACAUGAAUCUAAUUCGUCAUACAGGAUUGUAUUCAUCAAAUUAUGAUAUAAGAAUAUUUCAUAAUAUAAUCAUUAUUAAAAGAGUGUACUUUUUUUUAUGAAAGUUAAGUGAUGAUGACUAAAGCUGUAAUAAAAUGUAAUUUCUAUA